AUGCGUGACAAUGCCUUUUACGAUCUGCCUGGCCUGAUAACCAUCGCGCUCCUCACACUAGCUCUUCAGCGUGCCAUUGUGCCAGUACAAGCCGACGUAACACUCUAUGUGCCUGGCUUCGACGAAGUGCCACUCAGUGCCUCGGUCCUUGGAAUCGACUCUGGCUCGAACCGUACAACAUACGCUCUUCUGCCUGGUGUACAGACCGGUGUCGUACCCGCACCAACGUUCACGAAUCCAGCCACGCUCAUAGAGGGACCUUUGGACGUCCGCUUUCUCUCCGGGAACAACGAGAUAUCGUGCACCAUCACAUCUGAGUUCGCAUUUUGCAUUGGCGAACGCGGGUAUCCCGUCACCCCUCAAGCUCUGGGUACUGCAGCACGCUUCGUCGUGCAAGGUGGCGAUGUCCCAUCUACAUCCGCAGCACCUGCCACGACGCAGGUCAUGUCAAUCACGAGCGCUGCUCCUGCGAGUGCUGUCACUACGACCGCACCUGCGGCUACGAGCGCCUUGCCAACGUUAGGCGGCGCCGUCGCUGGUUCGGUGACACCUCCUCCGACUAGUGCAACGGCGGUCACCGCACUAGCCACGGCGACAGCGUUGCGAUCUCUCAUCAACUCGGCUGCCCCAAGUGCUGCAGAUAAACCGAUAGUAUCACUCUCCGCCAUUUGCAUGUCUUUACUCGGUGUAUGGGCCGUGAUGCUAUUAUGA